AUGGCAAAGAAAGUCGAACUCCAUGGGUAUGCGGAUGCAUCGGAUGCAGCUUACGGCGCUUGCAUCUACGUACGUCUUGUUUUGAACGAUGGAUCAUCGAGAAUGCAGUUGGUCUGUAGCAAGUCCAGAAUUCUACCGACUAAGAAGUCCAAACAAAAGGAGAUCACAACACCCCGAGCAGAACUGCUGGCUGCUCAAUUACUGGCCCGACUAGUGACACAACUACUUGAUCUACUGAAGCGAACUUUUGACUCCAUCGUCCUGUGGAGUGACUCCCAAAUCGUGCUCUGUUGGCUGCGUCGUUCUCCAGAAACAUUAUCAGUGUACGUCGGGAACCGAGUGCGAGAGAUACAGCAACUGACGAACACUCUUGAAUGGCGGUACAUCCCAUCGAAGGAGAACCCUGUGGAUGUCAUCUCCCGAGGUCUGUCACCAACAGGCCUUCAGACGUCUACUUUGUGGUGGAAUGGUCCGCCAAUAAUUCGAACCAAUCAUACUGAGUUGCUGAACCCGAUUUCCGAUGAUGAAUUACCGGAAUUGAGACGAGUCGCCCUACCUACUGUCAAUGAACACCCUCGAGUCGAACUAUUCAACCGAAUCAGCCGAUUUACCAUCAUGCAGCGGUCCAUGGCAUACGUGGUUCGCUUCUGUGACUACGUCAAGAAUAACAGGAAACGAUUGACCAAGGGAUCUCUAACAGUCGAUGAGAUUCAGCGGUCUACUACACUUAUGAUACGAUUGGUGCAAGCCGAAGCAUUUGACACCGAGCGUCGAAUGCUAACCAGUCCGGAACAAUUCCGGCAUCCCCUGCGACAUCUGAACCCAUUUGUAGACCCAAAAGACGGCAUUCUCCGAGUAGGUGGUCGUUUGAAGCACGCUGACAUACCAUACGAAAGCAAACAUCAAGCCUUAUUGCCGCAGAAGCAUCCAUUUACUGACGUUUUGUUGCGGCACCUUCAUCGUUCAAACAUGCAUAUUGGUCAACGAGGACUCCUAGGCAUUGUUCGUCAACAAUAUUGGCCUCUUCACGCAAAAACCCUGAUUCGCCGACUGAUACAUCAAUGCGUGCCAUGCUUCCGGAUGAAUCCCCGUCCGGCAACUCAACUGAUGGGCGAUCUCCCCGACUACCGUGUUCGACCAGCACCAGUAUUUGCAGAUACUGGCCUCGAUUUCGCGGGGCCCUUCAAAAUUCGUUCGAGUACAGCAACCCGUAAACCGCAGGAGACCAAGGGGUACGUCUGUGUCUUUGUGUGCAUGCAUACCAGGGCCUUGCACUUGGAAGCCGUCUCAAACUUGACCUCCGAAGCAUUCAUAGGCACUCUACAACGCUUCGUGAGUCGUCGUGGAAUUCCUCGUAACCUGUAUUCGGAUAAUGCCACCAACUUUGAAGGAGCGAACAACGAGAUGUGUCGACUAGCUGAGCUUUUCCGAAAUGAACACCAUCAAAAAACCUUGAGUGAUUACACAGCGAUGCGGGCAAUUGAAUGGCAUUUCAUUCCACCACGCAGCCCCCACUUCGGCGGUAUUUGGGAGGCCGGGGUAAAAUCGGUGAAAUUUCAUCUGAAACGAGUACUUGCUGAACACAAACUUUCCUACGAGGAGUUGGCAACGGUCCUUACACAAAUUGAAGCCAUCCUAAAUUCCCGUCCUCUUACGCCUACAUCAGAAGACCCCAACGAUAUUGGUGCUAUUACACCUGCACACUUUUUGAUCGGCCACGAACUCCAGGCGAUACCAGAACCCUCCUAUCAACACAUCUCUCAAGGUCGACUCUCAAGAUGGCAGUUUGUGCAGGACUUGAAGCAGAAGUUCUGGAACGUGUGGAUGAUCGACUAUCUUCACGAGUUGCAGCGUCGCCAGAAGGACUUCAAGGCUACGAAACUCAAGGUUGGCGCACUUGUCUUGGUUAUCGACGACAACACACCACCGCUUCAGUGGCUGCUUGCUCGAAUUACCGACCUGUAUCCUGGUCCUGAUAACGUCGUUCGUGUGGUCGGACUGCGGACACAAACCGGAACAACAAGGAGAGCAGUCAAGAAGAUUUGUUUGUUGCCCCUGGACAACGAGGAGGUCGAAGGAGAUUUGAAAUGA